UGAUGUGAUGGCUAAAAUGGCUUCAGGGGAUCUUUCUUUAACAAGUACGAGUAGUCAAGAAGAAGAAGGUCCUGAAUAUGUUGAUUAUGACCGGACAUUACGUCCUCCAUCGAAUUCGAGUGGCAGUACAACAGCUGGCAACAUGAAUAACAAUAAUUCAAAUAAUAAUGGCUCUGGUGGUGGCAGCGGCAUUGGCGGUGGUGGCGUCAGUGGGAGUUCUUCAGGAUCUGGUAAUCCAAAGAAAUUCGAUACUAUCAAAAUUCAAUAUGAUUCAGCGUUAAUGGAAUUAAAAACAUUGCGACAUCAACAUGCCGACACCGUGCGCCGGUGUGAUAAUUUAGAAAAUCAAUUGGCAUUCUAUCAGGAACAAUAUAAUGCAGCUAUGAAUCAAAUUAAAAGUUCCGAACGUAAUAAAUUGGGUGAUGUUGUGGCGGAAAAUGCAAGGCUCAAACAACAAAAUUCAAUGCUCGAGCGGAAAUUAAUGCGUCUCGAGAAUGAGAGUCAGAGUCAAAGUUCGGCCGAAAGAAAUGCCAACUCCUAUUACUGUGAUUAUAAUGAGCGAGGAGGUGUUGGUGGUGGCGGCGGCGGUGUUUCGAGUGGUGGCAAUGGUGGUGCGGUUGUUGUUAAAUGUGAUGGCAAUUGUCCGGAAACGGAAAAACUUAGCGAAGAACUCAUAUUGGCUAAGGAGCGUAACAACGAUUUAAUGAAGGAAAAGGAGAAAUAUAAGAAAAGUUUCAAUGCCGUAUUAAUGGACUUGGAAAAGGAGCGAAAAUUCUAUAGAGACUCAAGGGAUCAAUUCAACAUGCAAAGGGAACAAUUCCAAUUGCAAAGGGAAAUUAUGGAAAAAGAAAAUCAAAAAUUACAAAGUCUAUUGGCAAGCGAAACGGAUAAAAAUCUGUUGAUAUCAAUGCAAAAGAGUCGCAUUGAAGAAGAACUAAAUCAACUGCUGUCCGAAAAGGACAACGUGUUGCAAGAACAUCAAAAAAUGUCCGAUGAUUUGGCAGCAGCAAAUAAGGAAAUAGAACAAUAUAAAAAGGAUGAAAUCAUGUAUAAAAACGAACUGAAGUUGUUGCAACAGAAAAGGGAUCUGCUCAAGUCUCGCGAAAGCACCUGGUCCAAAGAGUUCUCUGACAGUAAGGAUGACUUUAAGGAAAUAGAAAAAUUACGAAAAAGUCUUGAAAAAGCCCAUGCCGAGGUGGAACGUGCUGCCCAGGACACAGAGGAGGCGAAACGUGUUCGAGACUGGGCCAUAUCUCAGCGUGAGAAAAUUGUACAGGAACGUGACUCGGUAAAGACAUUAUGUGAUAACUUGCGCAAAGAAAGAGAUAAGGCAAUUUCCGAUUUACUCUCCGCCAUCCGGGACAGUGAAAAAAUCAAAAAACAAAAGGAUGAAGCUCAACGAAAAAUCGAUGUGCUCAAAGAACAAUUAGAGCAAAAUCAAAAUAAUGAUUCGGCAUCUAGGCGUAGUUUUCGUAUGAGCACCUAUGAGGCAGAGGAUAUUUUGGAGAUUGAUUUAACAAAUUAUCAUGCCGAUUGUGAUAUAGGUUUGAUUUUGGAUGACAGCAAUCAAAGGCAGUUGGUGUGCGGUGUUACCAAUGUCUCACCGGCAUUUGGGAAGCUGAAGAUAAACGAUGUUAUAGUUAAGGUGAAUAAUAUUGAUUGUCAAAAUUUAACCAAACGUAUGCUGAUCGAUGAAAUCAGAGCUUCAGCGCCUAGAUGUACUUUGCUAGUGUCGAGGACACGGCAGAGUAAAAGGCAUUUCUACACCGUACAUUUGAAUUUGCAACAAAAUCCCAACCAUGGUCUUCACCUGGAUACGGGAGUUUUCAUUUCGAAAAUCGAACCAAAUUCUGUGGCUGCUUUCGAGCCGGAACUGGAGGCCGGUGAUCGCAUCCUUUCCAUUAACAAUAAAUCCAUGGAGGGUAUACAAUCGCUGGAGGAUGUCAUGGCAAUUUUAAAUGAUGAACGCAACGAAUCCAUUGCCAUAUUUGCUUUGAAAAAUGUUCAAGAUUCAGGUGGCGGUUCAGAUUCACAACGACGUAUGACCACUUCGGCAGCACAAACCGAUUCUAUUGACUCCAUGCAUCGUGUAACGGGCACAAAACAUCCAUCAAAAAUUGCCGAAAUGCUGAGUAAGUUUAAAGAGAAGAUACACAUAUCGAAACCGGGUUCGGAUGGUGGUGACCACUUUGCCCAAGAGCAUGACGCCUUGGCUGCCUUAGAUUCAGUAUUAAGUGAGAAUUCUUCGGAGAAGAGUAAAGAAAAUCUCUUCAAGCGUAACAAAUCGAAAAAGAAAGAAAAGGAGGCGGCAGCGAAAAGUAUGGGCACCUGGCCACGUACCAAUAUACUACAAGCAUCACAAGAAAAUCCGACGGGAACUAUUGUACAUCGUGAAAAGAAACGGGCACCGCUGUCGUUGUUCACAGCGGGUCCCAUUAAUGUGGAUAAAGAUGAUGAGCGAGCUGAUUCUGAUGAAGCUCCACCACCAUUGCCGCCCAUGCACAAUAAGCCUCAGGCUCAUAUACGCAACGGUGUUGGAUCGAAUGUCAAACACAAUCCAAAUCGUAAUUCCAAUCCCAUACCCAGUUCUGUACUUUUUCAAAGUCCAAAUGGUUCAGGUGUUGGUGGCAAUGGCGGUGGCAAUGGGGGCAACUAUGCAGUCAAUAACUAUAUGAGACAUUCGGUGUAUGCAACGCCCACGAGUAUGGAAUCGGAACCAUUGGUUAUGGAACAAUCGAAACCAUUGCAAAGGCCAAAUCCCAUUAUGGGUAGCGCUGUAGUGCCUAAUAUGAGACCGAAGCAGACCGAUAAAUAUGGAAAUCCUCGCUUACAAAAUCACAACUAUCAAAAUCGUUAUUCGUUGAAUAUAACGCCGACAGAGCUGUAUAAGACCACGGGGCAACAGGCCCAGCAACAGGUCAUCAAUAAUGGUGGACAACAGUUGUCGCAACAUCAACAAAUGUCCAUGAGCGGUGGUGGUGGCGAUUUAAUAUCACGCAAACAACAUCUGUUUGAUAUGUUCCACAACAAUUCCACGUCGUCGAACAAUAAACAAAUGCCAAUGCCACACCAUCCGGCCCAUUUUGUUCCACUACAACCACCCCAACCGCCGCCACAUUCAAACAAUUUCAUUCGCUCAAAUUCAUCCAAUCAGCAGCAACAGCAACAAAACUCUUUGGAUAUGAUUUCAUUAAAAUCUCAAAAUUCCAUAGAUUCGAUAUUGUCGACCAAAAGUCCGCCAAUAAGUGAAUAUGCAGUACUUGCCAACUACCCUAAACGAGGUAUACCAAUGCCACAAUCCGCACCGGGCUCUGCCACGAAAAAUGUUUCCAAAUAUCCAAGUGAUAGCGAGAGUAUAGCUUCCGGAAUCGCCGGUGUUGGUGGGGGUGGAGCCGGUCUUUUUCUCUCCUCCAACAAUAAUGGACUUCACUCAAGACAUUUGCCUCUGUUUCCCUCCUUUACACAAUCCACACAUUCACCUAUGAGACCAAUACGCCACUCUAGUCCCUUAACAUUACCCUCACCACCGCCACUAUUGCAAGGUGGCAGCAGUGGUACAGGCGUUGGAGGUGGUGGUUCCAAUGCCCAUCAUUUGGUGGACUCAUCAAUUGGUAUACCCACAUCUUCGGUGGAUAAAUUCGAAAUGGAUUAUAUGCAGCAACAGCAGCAACAACAACAGCACAAUCAACAUCAAAAUCAUCCUCAUUACCUAAAUGACUAUCACCCGCCCAGUAUACCCUCACAUGCCGCCGGCUAUCAUCCCUCACCAGUGAGCGGCAAUAUGCCCACAUCGUCUUCAUCGGGCAUGGGUCAAGGUGGUGUAAUCUAUGAAGGUGGUACAUUUCCACGUAAAAAAGAUCACCAACGUCUGCGUAUACCCUCGAAUCCAAGUGUAGCUAGUAAAAAUAGUGGUGUGAAGAAUAGUUCUGGAUCCAUAGAUCAUCACUAUAGUACAUCGGGUCAAACGACGGGAUCGUCGCUGAUGACCAGCUCCUCAAUGUCACCAUAUGGGGGUGGAGGUGGCGGUGGAGCCAUGGUUAGUUCACAUCAUCAGCAUCAUCAUACGGCCCUAACAAAUGUCGCGGCCAAUGGCGGCAACAGUGGUCGCGGUUCACCCAUGCCUCAGGUUCACGUUGAGGUGCUAUCACAUGGCGGCAGCAAACGCAAUUCCAAUGUGCCGUCGGAUUUUUUAUGCCCUGGAGAUCUUAGAAGAGUCACGAUUGAUAAGAGCGACAAGUCGCUCGGUAUUACAAUUCAAUGUAAUAACAAUGGAGGCGGUAUUUUUGUAUCAACUGUAGCCGACAAAAGUAUUGCCACUCGUGCUGGUCUUCAGGUGGGCGAUCAACUCUUAGAAGUCUGCGGCUUAAAUAUGCGCUCGGCUACAAAUGAUAUAGCAGCUAAUGUAUUGCGUCAAUGUGGUAAUUCCAUAACGAUGUUGGUGCAAUAUAAUCCAGAAAAAUUUCACUCAGCUGAAUAUGAAGGCACUCACAAUUUAGAACCUGAAUCUCCGGUAAAUCAUUCGGGCUCGCCAACACCACGUAAUUCACCACGUCCCCCAUUGCGACCAAUGUUGGCCUCACUGCCACCCAUGCCCAUUGUAUCGAACCAACAGCCAACAAAUGUUAUGACACAAAGUGCAAUAAUGCCACAAUCUACAUCGCUGAUAUCACAAAAAUCCAUUAAGGAUCAAAGUUUUGCCGAUAGUUUGGAAAAUCAAUCGGACAUCAGUUCAAGUCAAGAUUUGCCAUCGUCAAAUGCAACGACCACAACAACGGCAUCAACAACAUCAACACUGCCAUAUGAAGAGGAGCCCCGUUAUGUUACCCUACACAUGGAUAAGUCGAAAAAUCCGGGUAUCAAACUUUUCGGUGGCAAUAAAGUUGGUAUAUUCGUGCACGAUGUACAUCCCGGUUCGCCCUCAGAUCGGGCCGGCGUCCGUAAAGGUGAUCAAAUUCUGGAGUAUAAUGGUGUGGAUCUGAGAUGUGUUACGGCCGAACAAGCAGCAAAUGAGAUCUCAAAAUUGACCGAUACUGUAACAAUGUUGGUGCAAAAUAAACUGAAAAAAUUAAAACAAAUCAAAGACAAAUCUGGUGAUUCUUUUUAUAUACGAGUGGGGUUUGAUCGUACUGGUGACUUGAACGAAGGUGAUUUACGUUUUGUCAAAGAUGAAGUUCUCUAUGUAGAUAAUACAGUGUUCAAUGGGACUUUCGGAUUGUGGCGUGCUUGGAAAUUGGAUUCUAAAGGAUAUCGUAAGGAGUGUGGUAUAAUACCAUCCCAAAUGAAAGUUGAAGAAGAAAUGCGUGCUGCCGAAGUUGUGGAAUGUGAAAGUGGUAGCACUGCUCGCCGCGGUAGUACAUCGACACGCCGAUCAUUUUUUCGUCGGAAAAAACAUCAACGUAGCUCCUCGAGAGAUUCAACAGAAAUCGCUAGUUUCAGUAAUACACAAUUGAGUUACUUUCCUGACUCAGGCAUCCUUAAUGACGAUGGUGGGAUAUUAAGUUAUCAACGAGUUGAACGUUUAGAUUCACCCGUUCGACGACCCGUUUUAAUAAUUGGCCCACUAUCCGAAUGUGUUAUGGAACGGCUAACAAUUGAUUUUUCCAAUUUAUUUAAAUUUUGCGAUGUAACUGUUAUGGAUUGUUCUCAGGAUGCUAUGGAAGAGGGUCUACAACAGAAUAUCUUUGUGGAUUAUCGACGGCGUGGCAAUAAAUUUGAAUGCACAACGAUUGAGACAAUUAAUAAUGCCUGCAAGAAUGAUCGUCGCCACUGCAUACUUGACAUAUCAAUAUCAGCCGUGGAACGUCUACAACGUUUACAAAUCUAUCCAAUAGUUUUAUUGUUACGCUUUAAAUCGGCAAAACAAAUACGUGAAAUUCGUGACUUUGGCACAGAUAAAAUUUCCGCCAAGGCGGCCAAGGAAAUGUAUGAACGUGCACUCAAACUGGAAAAUGAUUACAAACAAUAUAUAUCUGCUGUUAUUCCUGGUGUUAGCAUUAAACACAUGUGUACCCAAAUCAAAGAUGCCGUUGACAAGGAACAGGAUAAGAUUCUAUGGGUUCCAGUUUCUAAUAAUUGAAGAAUG